CUCACAUGGAGACCCCAGCUGCAGGAGCACACCUGGGGAAGGCAACAAAACAAAACCAGGGGGAUUUUGUGGAUAAGUGAUGAUUUGAUUUGUGACUGGAGUGUUUGGUAGUUUGGGGGAGUCUGGUUUGAUAAUUUCUGAGUUUUGUAGCGUGGUCCCAGCAGCUGUGUGUCACUGGGAGAGAACAUGAGCUGUGCCCUGGGCUGUGGCUGCCCCGCUGUCCUCAGCACACACGGACAUGUGGAUGGUCCUGGAUGCCAGGGACCAGGGCCAGGCCCCUGCACAGCCCCCCACGGCUGCAGCCAUGAAAAGAGCAAUUCCCACCCGGGAGAGGAAAGGCUGUUCUUGGGAACUCAUUGCUUGAGCAUCUCCCUCGCUUUCCUGCUCCUGUGUCCCAUCGUGCUGGGUGUUCCCCAUGUGGCAGCUGGGACCAGGCUCCUGCUGUUGUUUGUGGCUCAUCACAACCUGCUCCUCGCUCCCUCUGCCCCAUCUGCCAUUCCACCCCAUGCCCACUGCACCAGUGGUUUGUUUGGAGCAUUGCCUGGAUUUUUGGGAUGAGGUAGCCAGGCUCAGGGGCUCUUGGCACACUCAGGUUUGCUGGCUGUGCUGAGGGGCAGGGCUGGGGGAGCAAGAGCAGACCAGGAGGAAAUGCUGGAGCAGGUCUGGGAAAGUGUAGGAAGUUUAUGUGCAGCCAGGAGCUCUCUGCCUUUCUCCUUUUGCACAAUUGAACAGAAAAUGUAUUGUUGCUGUCGUCAUGAAAACCCAACCAAAUCCUGCAGCUUUCCUGAAAUGAAAGUGGCAUUUUCCUCUCCAGAGGACACUUUUGAAAGUCAGGGGUGGCCGCUCCCUAUUUUUGCACAAAUUUUGCGGGCUGCAUUCCUGCAGUGGCCAUGCUCUGUGCCACCAGCACCCUGCCUGCUGGCAUCUGUCCAGCAAAAUCCUUGAAGGUUGGCGGCUCACAGGGCACCAGGACGUUAAUAUUGAGCAGGAUUUUAUGGCCUCUUAUCUCUGCACUUGAAAAGACAGGAUGGCAAUUUACGUGCCCGAGGCCCAGGGUGUGUCCGUCUGUUCUUUGGUUACUUUUUCCUAACCGGUGAUUAAAGGAAGAGGCUUUAGGUCCUGGUGAGCUGGGCAGUCUCAUCCCAUACUCAGUCCUUUCCCUGUGGCCCAUGCCAUGGUGGGAGAUGGGAUUUGCUGAGUGUUCAGGUGAUGUUUUCAAUUGUCUUUUCCUUCCACAGGCUCUGAGGAUUUCUCUCCUCUCUUUUCAUCCCACCUCUAAUUGGCACCUCCCCACAUCUUCCUAGCACGGUCCUGGGCUGGGGCAGAGCAAGGGAAAAACGAUUUUCCUGGUUUCAACAUCCACCUGUAUCAGUAGCAAGGGACACAAUAUUAGUCAGUGAGUGCUGGUGUGAGGACUGGCACUGAAGGAGUCACAGGCAUGUCCAGCACGAGGAAUUUUGGCCUCAGAGCCAGAGCUGCAACUGGGUUUGGGGGGACAAAGCCAAACCUGCAAAGGGCCUGACUGGGGACAGUCAGUGUGGCAGGGAGGGGAGCAGAGGAGUUCCCUUGGUGCAGUUACCUGGUUCAUUUUACCCAUAAGAAAAGCAGCUCAUUGGCAAAAUGGCACAUUGGCUCCAGCUCCUGAGGAGCAGCAAAUCCUCCUGGGCUCCCCUGCAGAGGCUGCCCUGAGGCUCCUGUGCUGCUCAGGUUUGAGCCACUGGGCGUUAAUGGCUGUGAUAAAUCCCUGUGGCACAGCUGGCAGGAUGAACCAGACACCAAAGCCUGGCAGCUGCUGCCUGGGUACCUGGGACUCCCACCAGGAGCCAAGUGCAGCCAAGGGAGAUGUCCUGUGGUGUCAGUGCUGGGUUGGUGGAGCCCUGUGUGACACCAGUUGCUGCAUUCAGUGUGUUCACAGAGGCCAAGUGUGAUCUGGUGCUUCUGACACCAGGCUGGGUUUUCCAGGGCUUUCCCUGCAGCCCAGGGCAGGCUGUGAGAGGCUGAGUCUCCAGCUCUGUGUGCUGGAUGUCCCUCAGGGAACUUGGACUUGUUACAGCACACAACAACUUUUCCUGUUUCCUUUCCCUGGUUUAAGUGAUUUUCACAUUCUUUUCAUUUUAGAGUCAGGGCUGACACAGCAAGAAGCUGUGAGACAAUUCAUUCACAUUUUAUAUUUCACAAUUGCAUCUACCAGGAAGGAGAUGCCUUAAUGAUAUCUUUUACACUGUUGUUUUUUCCUUGACUGCUCUGACUCUCCCUGCUGGGUGCAAGGAUGAACCUCUGGCACAGCAGCUGCAGAACUCGAGUUCCAGCUUUGUGCCUCUUGUUUACCACAUCCAAAUGCUGACUUCUGGAUGGCACCAAGAUUUCUCAGUCACGUGUGAUGCAGGGAGAAUGGUUCCCUCUGUUUAGGAUUUGAUCUCUGUGUCCAUCAAGAGGUCCUGCUGCCCUGGACAGGACAAGGGGGAGCUGCAGGCUCUCAAAACCACGGAUUCAUUCAAGCACUCCAAAACUCCAAGCCUGGCAUUUCCCAUGGCCUCGCCCUCUCUUUAUUGUUGGCUUGACCAUCCUGGAAACUCUUAGUGUGAUGGGAAAUAGCUGAAGGGAGGGGUCAGUGUUGCUUUCGCGGAGAGAUGUUGACAGUCACUUUGUUUUCCAACAUUUUUUUUCCCUAACCUGCCAGAAAAAGCAACAUCUUGGCCUGGCCAGUGCUCACACGUGUGGAUGGUGCUGGAGCCUCCUGUGCUCCAGCUGCCUGCACCAGCCCUGGUGCUGAGCUGGGCACCACAGCUCCAGGCACAGGGGUGGCAUUGCCAGGAAUUUUGAGCCUUUUGCAGAUGCCUGAGCAGAGGACAAAUCAUCCUUGGCUUUCCUUUAGUGCCCUGCAGAGCUCAGCAAUUGCUUCCAGGCUUGGCUUUCCCAGGAUGGGAGGGCUGUCCCAGCCUGCUGGGGUUGGGAAGGGGCUCUGUGGGGGCUGCCCUGCUCAUGUCCAGGGCCAUUUCCAUCUCUUGGCUCUCUGCAAUGUCACAAUCCCUUCGUUUCAGGAGGAAGAGGAUGAAUCUGCUGCCACGGGUGUGUGCCAGGCUGCUGCUCCUGUCCCUGCUCUGCACCACCAGCCUCUGCCAAUGGAGCAAAAACAAUCGCUGUGUGCUGUCCCGGGCAAAGAGCUGCACCGAGUGCAUCCGGGUGGAUAAGGAUUGCUCCUUCUGCACUGAUGAGAGCUUUGAGGAGCCGCGCUGUGACCUGCGGGAGAACCUGCUGCGCUCGGGCUGCGGCGAGGCCAGCAUUGUGUACACCCGGGGGGAGAUGAGGACACUCAAGAAUUCCAGCAUCAACACAUCCCUGCAGAGGACCCAGGUGUCCCCCCAGGCCAUGUUCAUGCGGCUGCGGGCUGGGGAGGAGAUGAGCUUCGACAUGGAUGUCUUCCAGCCCAAGGAGAGCCCUGUGGAUCUCUACAUCCUCAUGGACUUCUCCUACUCCAUGUCUGAUGAUCUGGACAACCUCAAAAGCAUGGGGCAUAACCUAGCGGACUUCCUGCAAGCCCUGACUUCCAACUACACCAUCGGAUUUGGCAAGUUUGUGGACAAAGUCUCAUCCCCUCAGACAGACAUGAGACCUGAAAAGCUGCGUGAGCCCUGGCCCAACGCCGACUCCCCGUUCUCCUUCAAGAACGUCAUCCGCCUGACCAGCAACAUCAGCGACUUCAGCCGGGAGCUGCGCAAGGAGCGCAUCUCGGGCAACCUGGACGCGCCCGAGGGCGGCUUCGACGCCAUCCUGCAGACAGCUGUGUGCAAGGAUAAGAUUGGCUGGAGAAAGGACAGCACUCACCUGCUCGUGUUCUCCACCGAGUCUGCCUUUCACUAUGAAGCUGAUGGUACCAACGUCCUGGCAGGGAUCCUGGCGAGGAACGACGAGCGGUGUCACCUGGACAGCCGCGGCACCUACGUGUACGACACCAGGCAGGACUACCCCUCCGUGCCCACCCUCGUGCGCCUCUUGGGCCAGCACAACAUCAUCCCCAUCUUUGCUGUCACCAACCACUCCUACAGCUACUAUGAGAAGCUGCACAAGUAUUUCCCCAUCUCUGAGAUCGGGGUGCUCCAAGAAGACUCUUCCAACAUUGUGGAGCUGCUCCGCACAGCCUUUGAGCGCAUCCGCUCCAAGAUGGACAUCCGGGCUGACUUCACCCCCAAGGCCCUGAAAACAGAGUUCACCUCCUCGGUGUUUGAAAAGACAGAAUCCGGCUCUUUCCACAUCACCCGUGGAAAAGUGGGCAAGUUCCGCAUGCACGUCAAGGCUCUGGAGUACGUUGGUGGGCAGCAUGUCUGCAGCCUCCCCGAGAAGGACCGGCACGGGGUCAUCCACGUGAAACCCACGUCCCUGAGCGACAGCCUCACCGUGUCCACUGCUGUCAUCUGUGAUGUGUGUCCCUGUGAGCAGCAACAAGAGUUGGACUCGCCCAAGUGCAGUUUCCACGGGAACUUUGUCUGCGGACAGUGCAUCUGCCACCCGGGCUGGCGAGGGGACACGUGUGACUGCUCCCCGGCGUCAUCCCCCAACAACGAAGCCUGCAUCCGCCCCGGGGAUGUGGAGCCGUGCUCGGGGCGGGGCGAGUGCCUGUGCGGGAAGUGCCAGUGCUACACCGAGGACCAGAUCCUGCGCUUCGACGGCUCCUUCUGCGAGUUCGAUGUCCUGCAGUGCCCGCGCACCUCCGGCUUCCUCUGCAACGACCGUGGCCGCUGCUCCAGGGGUGCCUGCGUGUGCGAGAGCGGCUGGGAGGGCCCGAGCUGUGAAUGCCCCACCAGCAACGACACCUGCAUCGACAGCCGGGGGGGCAUUUGCAAUAACCACGGCAGGUGUGAAUGUGGCAGAUGCAUCUGUGACAUGGCUUCGCUGUACACCAGCUCCACCUGUGAAAUCAGCUACUCCCUGGGCUUCCAGGCUGUGUGUGAGAGCAUCCGGGACUGCGUGCGCUGCCAGACCUGGGGGACAGGCAACCUGAAAGGCAACUGCAGCUCGUGCCAGCUCCAGAUCCAGAUGGUGGAGGAGCUGAAGAAAGAGGAGGGUGGUGAGUACUGCUCCUUCCAGGAUGAGGAUGAUGACUGCACCUACCACUACAACCUGGAGGGAGACCCCAGUGUCCUCCCCAACACCACUGUCCGUGUGCAGAAGAAUAAAGAGUGCCCGCCUGGGAGCUUCCUCUGGCUCAUCCCACUGCUCAUCUUCCUCAUCCUGCUCCUGGGGCUGCUGCUCCUGCUCUGCUGGAAGUUCUGUGCCUGCUGCAAGGCUUGCCUGGCCCUGCUUCCCUGCUGUGCACGAGGUCGCACUGUUGGCUUCAAGGAGGAUCACUACAUGCUGCGGCACAGCCUCAUGUCCUCCGACCACCUGGACACGCCCCUGGUGCGCAGCGGCUCCCUCAAGGGUCGGGACACGGUGCGCUGGAAAAUCCACAACAACGUCCACAAGCAGGGCACUGCCUCCCCCGCUGCCACCAACCCCAAGGACCUCAUUCCCUACGGGCUGUCUCUGAGGCUGGCCCGGCUGUUCACGCAGAGCCUGGGCAAGCAGGACACCCGCGAGUACGAGCAGCUGCGCAAGGAAGUGGAGGAGAACCUGAAUGACGUUUUCAAGCACAUUCCUGGCUGCCACAAGGUCCAGCAGACCAAGUUCAGGUUACAGCCCAAUUCUGGGAAAAGGCAGGAGUUCACCAUCGUGGACACAGUGCUCACUGCCCCUCACUCAGCCAAGCCAGACAUCAUCAAAGUGGUGGAUAAACACGUUUCCCACGAGGCUUUCAACGACCUGAAGGUUGCACCGGGGUAUUACACUGUGACCUCAGACCAAGAUGCUGAGGGAAUGGUGGAGUUCCAAGAGGCUGUGGAGCUGGUGGAUGUCCGUGUCCCACUCUUCAUCAGGGAUGAUGAUGAUGAUGAGAAGCAGCUGCAGGUGGAGGCCCUGGAGGUUCCCAAUGGCGUCGCAAAGAUCGGGCGCAGGGUUGUCAACAUCACCAUCAUCAAGGAGCAAGCCAGCAGCCUCAUCACCUUCCUGCAGCCAGCCUAUUCCCACAGCCGCUUCGAUAAGCUGGCCAAGAUCCCUGUCCUCCGGGAGAUCAUAGACAACGGGAAAUCCCAAGUCACCUACAGGACCCGGGAUCUCACUGCCAAGAACGGCAGGGACUACAUCUUCACGGAGGGUGAGCUGGUCUUCCAGCCUGGGGAGACCCGAAAGGAGGUGCAGGUGCCCUUGCUGGAGCUGACAGAGAUCGACACCCUCCUCAACAGCUGCCAGCUCAAGCAGUUCGCUGUCGACCUCCUCCACCCCAAGUACGGCGCCAAGAUCGGCCGCUACCCCCAGACCACGGUGACCAUUGCUGACCCAGAGCUGGUGGAUGGUGUCCCCCCGAUGACUGGCCUGGCCCAGGUCCCCCAGUCCCCCAAAGGCCGCCUGAGUGCCCCACUGAAUCCCAGCGCCCGUGCCCUCAGCUCCAGGGAAAUCAGCUUCAACUGGUUUCCUCCACCAGGAAAACUCCUGGGGUACAAGGUGAAAUAUUGGAUCCAGGGAGACCCUGAGUCAGAUGCCCAUCUCAUUGAUGUCAAAACCCCAUCAGCAGAGCUGACAAACCUUUACCCCUUCUGUGACUACGAGAUGCAAGUGUGUGCCUACAACGCCAUGGGAGAAGGGACUUACUCAGACGUCAUCCACUGCCGCACGCUGGAGGAGGUGCCCAGCGAGCCCGGGCGCUUGGCUUUCAAUGUUGUGUCUUCCACCGUGACCCAGCUGAGCUGGGCUGAGCCUGCAGAGACCAACGGGGACAUCACGGCCUAUGAAGUCAGUUAUGUGCCUGUCAACGAGGACAGUGUACCCAGUGGGCCCAUGAAGAAGGUGCUGAUUGAAGACCCCAAGAAGCGCAUGGUGCUGAUCGAGAACCUGCGCGAGUCGCAGACCUAUCGCUACAUGGUGAAGGCCAGGAACGGCGCGGGCUGGGGGCCCGAGAGAGACGCCACCAUCAACCUGGCCACGCAGCCCAAGCGCCCCAUGUCCAUCCCCAUUAUCCCUGAUGUCCCCAUCGUUGAUGCAGAGGGAGGUGAGGACUAUGAGAGCUUCCUGAUGUACAGCACAGAUGUGCUCCGCUCCCCAGCUGGCAGCAAGCGGCCCAGUGUCUCUGACGAUUCAGGCUCCAGGUGGAAAUUUGUGCCGCUGCUGGGAGAAGAGCUGGACCUUCGCCGCAUCACCUGGAGGCUCCCCCCCGAAACCAUUCCCCGGCUGUCUGGCAGCAGCCGCCUCUCCUGGGACACCGAGGGGCUCCUCCCCGAGGAGGACAGCGCUGGGGGUCCCGGCAGCGCCAGGAGGAGCGCCACGCCCCAGCCUCAAGCAGAGCACUUGCUGAAUGGCCGGGUGGACUUCUCCUUCCCUGGCAGUGGCAGUGGCACCCUGACCAGGACAGCCAACAGCAGCUACCACCAGCUGAGCACCCACGUGCACCAGGAGCACAGGGUGAUGGGCAGCUCCUCGCUGACCAGAGACUGCUCCACAGUGCUGCUGGGGCACGAUUACCCAGGGACACUCCUCCCUCCCAUCCAUGAAGAUGCUGGGAGGACACUCCUCUGGCCCCGGGACCUGGGUGUCAGGAGCAGGGCAAAGGUGAAGGGUUACUACCCCAGCAUUGGCUGUCGGGACUCUGUAAUCAUGGCUGAUGGGUCUGCAGGGAUGUGCAAGUACAUAGACUCCAGGAAGCCCCUGGGCAUCCCUGACACCCCCACCCGCCUGGUGUUCUCUGCCCUGGGCCCCACGUCCCUGAAGGUGAGCUGGCAGGAGCCGCGCUGCGACAAGGAGGUGCAGGGCUACAGCGUGCAGUACCAGCUCCUCAGCGGAGGAGAGGUGCACAGGAUCACCAUCCCAAACCCCAGCCAGAACUCCGUGGUGGUGGAGGACCUGCUGCCCAACCACUCGUACAUCUUCAGGGUGAAGGCGCAGAGUGAGGAGGGCUGGGGCCCCGAGAGGGAGGGAGUCAUCACCAUCGAGUCCCAGGUGGACCCGCAGAGCCCGCUCAGCCCCGUGCCAGGUACCCCCUUCACCCUGAGCACCCCCUGUGCCCCUGGACCUCUGGUUUUCACUGCCCUCAGCCCAGACACUCUGCACCUCAGCUGGGAGAGACCCCGUGAGCCCAGUGGGCCCAUCCUGGGCUACAGGAUCACCUGUGAGAUGCUGCAUGGAGGAGGGGAGCCCAGGACAAUCUACGUUGAAGGAGACAACCUGGAAACCACCCUGACCGUGCCCCACCUGAGCGAGAAUGUCCCCUACAAGUUCAAGGUGCAAGCCAACACCACCCAAGGUUUUGGGCCAGAGAGAGAAGGCCUCAUCACCAUUGAAUCUCAGGACAGAGGUGCCUUCUCCCAGUUUGGAGGACAGCAAUACAUGAGAGAAGUUUUCAAAUUCCCCACUGAGUACACCACCAAAACCAGUAUCAGCCAUUCCUCUCUGGAUCCCCACUUCACAGACGGGAUGCUGGUGAGCACCCAGCGCGUGGAGAACUCCAGCAGCACCCUGACCCAGGAGUUUGUGAGCCACACAGUGAUGACCAGUGGGACCCUCACCCAGCACGUGGAGAGGCAGUUCUACGAGGCCUGAGCACGAGCACCAGCAGGACUUUUGGGAUCAGGUGCCAGGAUUUUAUGGAACAACCCAAGGGUGCUUCAUCCAGGCGGUGCCUGGGCAGCUCCUCCUGCAGCACAGACCCUCUGGGGCACUCCAGGCUCUGGACUUCUCCUUUGGAGCCCAGCACACCCAGAGCUGUGGCACAGCUCAGUCUGUAAGCUCAUCCUUCAUUGGGGUGUCUCCAUUGCUUCAGCCUCUCCAGGUAAAUGGAAUGGAGUGGUUUUAUUGUCAGGUCCUCGGUUUUGAGAGGAUCUCAGAUGCCAAAAUCAUCAUUUAUAGAGGGUCACUGUUUCCAGCUUUGCUCCAGGCUCUCUGGCAACUCACCUGUCCACUGGAGAUGGUUCUUUUUUUCAGUAUGGGGGUUUUUAGGAGAGCUGCAAGGUAGGGUUUGGGGGUAACCUGUGCUUUCUUACUGCACCUGUUUGUGCCUGUCCUUUGCUGCUGGCAUUUGGUACCACAAUAGCAAAGAAUAACUUUCCAUUUGUGUUGCAUUACUUGAUGGCCUCUGAUGCUUUGGGGUUUUUUUGCAUACAAUAUUGUACAGUUUUAAUAGUAUAUAUAUAUAAAUAUAUAUAAAAGUAUUUUAUUAUUUUAUAAAAAAAUGGAGAUGGAUGAGAUCUAUGCUGAAUGUGGAGGUUACACUGGGAUUGUAGGGGAAACAUGGAUAACUGGAAGAAAUGAGUUUAGGGCUUGAUCCAAAGGCCACUUGAACCCUGUGAGGAGGCUGGUGGGCUCUGCCUUGGACCUGGUGUCCUUCAGCACCAAAGACUCCAGCAGAAUGCUGCAAGGGGCUGGAUCCACUCACUGCAGAGCAUCCCCCAGCUGGAGCACUUGGACAUGGAAGGAGGUGAGGGAUAAAGAUCAGAACUGCACUGGGAUUCCUCACACAGCUCAUGUGGAGAGAGUGAGAUUUGAGGGCAGAGGACCUUUUAAAACACUUUUUGCCCAGCAGCAACAUCCAUAAAGGGACCUGGAUCCUUCAGUAAACACAAAGGAAGAGCAAGCCUGGGAACAACAGGCACUCCCACCAUGCUGAACAAGUCUGAGACUCCUUCAGCCCCCUCACACAGACUGGGCUGGGCUGAGACCCUGCUGGACUUCAUGUCCCAGUGCUGGGCAGGAUCCCUGGGGGCUCUCUGCCCUCUGCAGGAGGAACAAACAGGCUCCCUGUCGUGCAGAGCAGUGCAAGGUUUCCCUGGUGUGUUCCACCUGCAUGGGAGCAGGUGAGGAGCAGCAGCAGCCUCUGCUCUGGGGCAGAGCUUCCAACCAAAGCAGCAGCUGCCUGAGCUCCUGGCAGCAUCACCAGCCUGCUUUGAUCUCACAAUGAACCUUGGCUUUUUUGUGGUUUUCUUUUUUAAAAUUUUCUUUUUUUUCUUUUGGACUCUGAAGAAGAGCUCACCACUAACAAUUCCCUCUCCUCUUCAGGCUUUUUAUUUCACUGGGGGAAGGGUUGUACAUCUUUCAGCCAAAGAUGGAUGGGGGUGAAUCAAUCCACAGGAUUCUCCAUGCCUGCAGAUGGAGCUGAGUCAGUUUUGAACUUGGCUCAAGGGAUCCUUCACCAGCCCUGAGGUUUUACUGUGCCUUCAAGAAGCACUUAUUUCUCCUGAGCAAGUGCCAACAGCAAGAAGCUGCCUCCCUCCUUGCUUCCUUCUUGCCUGGGCUUGGGAUUUUCUCUCCUCCUGUACAAGGACUCCAUGACCCUUUCCCUGGGCUUUGUGGUCCAGGGUCAAACACUGAGAACUGCCUAAACAGUGAGUUUCCCAAGCAUUUUAACCAAAGAUGAUCCUGUAAGAGCAGAGCAGGGCCCAGCAGCUCUCUCCAGGGAAUCAGGCCCUCCCUAUGCACUAACCCAGGCCUGUCUUUUUUAAUUUCAUCUGGUUCUUGCAGCUGGUGCUGUUUCAGCCUUUCCAAGCUGGAUCUAGAGCAGGCCUUUGAUCAGAUGGCUUUUUCUUGCACUCAAUAAAUAUUUUCUCUA